GUUCAGAGGAACAUUAAGAGAGAAACAUGGCAGAAGAAGCUCCAGCAGCGGCGCCGGCCAAAGCCCCGGCCAAAGCCCCGAAGAAGAAGGCGGCGUCCAAGGCCAAGAAGGAUGGACCCAGCCUGUCCAAGCUGAUCGUGGCGGCCGUGGCCGAGUCCAAGGAGCGCAAGGGCAUGUCUCUGGCGGCGCUGAAGAAGGUGCUGGCCGGCAAAGGCGUGGAUGUGACGAAGGCCAACAAGCGCAUCAACACCGCCGUCACCAAGCUGGCGACGGCAGGAACCCUGAGCCAGACCAAAGGCACCGGGGCGUCGGGCUCGUUCAAGCUGGCGAAGGAGAGCAAGGCGGCCAAACCAGCCAAGAAGGUGGUGAAGAAGAAGGCUCCGGCUAAGGCCAAGAAGCCCGCUGCCGCCAAGAAGGCCAGCACCCCCAAGAAAAGUGCGGCUAAGAAACCGGCCGCCAAGAAGUCCCCGAAGAAGGCUGCGGCCAAGAAAUCCCCCAAGAAGGUGGUGAAGAAGAGCCCUAAGAAGGCGGCUGCCGCCAAGAAGCCAAAGGCUGCUGCUAAGAAGCCUGCAGCCAAGAAAGCUGCAGCCAAGAAGCCCGCAGCUAAGAAGGCCAAGAAGUAAAGCUGCAAGACCAGCACUCAGUGCACCAAAGGCUCUUUUCAGAGCCACCACAUCCACCAUUAAGACCUGAUUCCUGCUCAGCAGCUCAUGAAUUUACUGUUUAAAUGCAUGGAUAUUAAUAGUUAAUCUGGGUUAAAACAGCUUCUCCCCAAACGCAGCCUUAGAUGUGCAGCUAGAUGAGAUUAAACCGCUUACAUUGAUUUAGACAAUUUAAUGGAAUAAUAUGCGCCUUUUCAACAUAAUGCUGUUCUCAGUAACCUGACAAAGCAACAUAGAGUUCAUAGCUGAGCACACAGAUGCUAGAAAUUUAUGUUUUUAGUUCAGUUUCUUAUUUUUUUUAGCACGUCAUAGUGUAGAUAUAAACCACUGAAAUAAAAACUUUGUACAUAUUUAUAUUUAUGGAUUUAAACUGAAAACCCAAUAUUUCCAACUCAAAUGAAACUAACUAAACAUACUUUAGAAUUGUAGAGGUUCAUUUGUUCAGUAUCUCUCAUAUUCCUGAUGGAUUCUUUUAUUUCAUAAAGAAUUUUAAUUUUUGUAUUAGGGAUACAUUAAAUUAAACACACUUUCAGUUUU